UUUAAGCGGUCUAGCUUUGGUCACUCUGACAUGGACGCCAAAACACAAAAUUCGGAAUUUGUGGAAAUUCAUCCAAGAAAUAGCUAUUUAAGUGCCCAGGAGCUCAUUGCUCAUCGUCACACUGAGUUCGAACCUGCGAGUGGAGGUCUAAAACGAACCCAAAAUGAGGGAACUGCAUCGGAACUUGAGGAGCUUAAGCGAGCGCAGGAAUAUUUGCGAGCCCAAUUGUCAGUGCCGCGGAUAGAAAGACUUGGAGGAAGGGCCCUUGCCAUUUGGAACGAAGAGCAACAAGUGGCCGAAGUCAUACGCAAAGAUGGUAAAUUCGAAAAUUUCGGGUACAGCGAGCAGGGAAAGCUGUACUUGGAGUACUAUGAAGCAAUGUUCCUACUAGAAGUUGGACGCUUACAACUGGAAUAUUACGGCUCAGUAGUUUCAAUCGAGCAAGCUUAUGUGCUCCUCCUGGGCGAGUUGGAAAGCGAAAGGUACACAAACUACCUAGUUUACUCGGCUUUAUGCCGAUCUGGCUAUAUCGUCGUUAAACAUGUACCUCCUCAGGAAAUUCCCCAAGAAAUUACAAGUGCAGAUUGUAUUUGGGCCCUGCUAAAAGAAAAAGUGGCAGAUCAACCAGUACCUGAUCAUAUUAGAAAUACACCAUUUUAUCACAUCGCAGAAAAGCGCAUGGAAGAAAUGAAAGAACGUAUAACAUCUCAAAAGAUAGAAGACCCUGAUAUCGUGAUAGAGCCCAUUGAUUUGAAAUUCGGACAACGAAAACGUAUGGCUGAAGAAAGCCCAAUUGAAGAACCCGUCAGUAAAAAAGAAAAGAUUUCCAUACCGGGUCGAAGUUUAGUGGAUCAACUUAAAUCCGAAUUUAGCUAUGCCAAAUUCGAAGAGAUCUUUGAAAAGUUCGAAUUGGUACAACUUAAAAGCCAAGAUUAUACCAAAGAAGAAUUAGAGACUCCCUCUGCCUUAAAAAUAAUCUUUGAUCUACAUCUGCACAAUAAGGGCUUCAGAAAAAGUGACCCCAAAACGCCCAACUUUAAUGUAAUCAUACUGCCAUCACAGGCGGCGUUUCCCACCCAUGACGAAAUCUCCAAGAUUAAACAACAAAAUCUUCGCACCGCCCCAUUACUCGUCAUUUCCGUAAGCGAAUCCAAGCAGAUACAGGCCUUUCUGUACUAUAUUGGUUGAUGAUUGCCCAUACUGCGGAUGUGCCACCUUAAUAAAUUGUACGUGUUAAUAUUUUAAAAGCUCGA